AUGAAUACCAGUCUCAGUCUGCAGACUCACCUCGUGGCGGCCCUUCUCGGCCUCUCAACAUACACCUUCUACUACCACCAUGGCGAACACCACCUCUUCCCCCACCGGCACCUGCAAGCCCUAAUCGUCCUCUUCAUCCUCAUCCUCCUAUCCCAACGACUCCUCAACCCAACCCUCCCCCUCUUUUCAACCAUACAAACCACCACCACCCUAACAACCACCUACCUAGCAUCCCUCUACACAAGCCUAACCAUCUACCGCCUCUUCCUCAACCCCCUAAACAAAUUCCCCGGAAUCCCGCUCUCAAAUCUCUCCCACCUCUCCCUAACCCUGCGCGUCGCCCGCCCCAAAAACCUGUACCUGCAACUCCACGCCCUGCACAAAAACCACGCUAGCAAAUUUAUCCGCACUGGCCCCAACGACCUCUCCAUCUCCGACGCAGCGAUCGUCCGCGUUGCACUAUCGGGGACUUCAAAAUUCAUCAAGGCGCCCUGGUAUAGUAUCACGCAUCCGUUCUACUCGCUCUUCACGGCGAGGGAUCGCGCGGGACAUGAUCCGCGCCGCAGGGUUUGGAGUCCCGCGUUUAGUGAGCGCGCGUUGCGCGGGUAUGAAGUGAGAUUGAGGCAGUAUAACGAUGCACUAGUAGAUGCGUUUGAGGGGUUCGCCAAAGAGGAACAUGCACAUGCAAAUGCAUCCACUAGUGCUGACGUUGAUACUGAUGUUGACGGCAAGCCCAUUAACGUAACGCAGUGGUUCAACUACUGGAGUUUCGACGUAAUGGGCGAUCUGGCAUUCGGGCAGUCCUUCCACAUGCUGCAGUCUGCAUCCGGGCAUUGGGUGAUUGACCUGCUUACGUCUGCGCAGGUGGGGCUGGGCAUGGUGAUUCCGCCGUGGCUGUCGAGGUUCUUGUUCUUGUGUGUGCCUGGGGCGCAAAGCGGGACGAAGAGGUUUAUUGAGUAUGCGGCGAGCCAGAUGGAGAGGAGGAUGGCGGUUCAAGGGGAGCAGGGUGAGCCUGAUAUUACGCAUUUCCUGAUUGAGGAUUUUAAUGCGAGGUUUGGUGAUUUGUCUGGGAAAGGUGUCAGUGAGGAGAGGAAUAUAGCGCUGAGGAAACUGUAUUUCGAAAGCCGGCUGGUGAUUAUUGCCGGGAGUGAUACGACCUCGUCGGCGAUGGUGUUCCUGUUCUAUCAUAUUGCGAAGGAGGAGGGUCUGCUGGGCCGGUUGAGGGAGGAGAUUGAGGGCCUUGUUGGAGCAGGAGGGGAUAUCGAUGCUCGCAGUAUCCAGGCUGCGCCGCUGCUUAAUGCUUGCAUUAAUGAGACGCUCAGGCUGCAUCCUGUUGUGCCGAGUGGGCUGUAUCGCAAGGCGCCGCCUGAAGGGGCAUUCGUCGGCGACACGUGGAUUCCGGGGAAUACAACGGUGCUUGUGAACUUUUAUGCCAUGGGACGGGAUGAAUCGCAUUUCGUCAGUGCAGACGAAUUCAUCCCAGAGCGCUUCUCGACGCGCCCAGACCUGAUCAAGAACAAAGAUGCCUUUAUUCCGUUCUCGACUGGUCCGUUUAACUGCAUCGGCAAGAACCUGGCUCUCAUGGAGAUGCGCCUGUUGACGGCUCGUCUCAUUACCAAGUUCGAUGUGGCCUUUGCGCCUGGAGAGGAUGGGUCGGAUCUCCUCCAGUCGCGCGACUAUUUCACGGCGACGCCAAAUCCGCUAUAUUUGGUUUUCAAGAUGAGAAAGUAA